CUCCUCCUUCUUUCUUCUCGAUCAGUGGCUGCUCCCCAUAGCGAGAAAAAGCUCCUAGCUUUAGCUGCGAGUGCGAGGCACGGGGCCGGAGCGGGAGGCCGCGGAGCGAUGGUUGGAAUCUUCUCCAGGUUCUCCGCCGGCGCCCACCGCCGCGCCAAGAGCGCCGUCGAGGUUGUGGAGACAUUGGCACCCGACAUGAACAUCGGCGAGUCUGGUUCACAAGCUGUUCCUGCGGAUAGUCCACAUGGCAUUGAGGUUGGCGCGGAGUUCAAGCCGGUGGAGCACCCAGUGGAGCCUGUUAACCUUGAUCAACCUGUGAAAUGUCCACUUCCUGAACCAUCCAUACUACAUGAUGGGAGGAUAUGGAAAGAAAGGAUGUCUACAGCGGGUGCGAGGGUGAUGACAGACUUGCCAGUUGUGAAGGAAGGAUCGCAGCUUGAGUCUGACAGCAGUGGAGCACGGUCACGAUCCGCAGUACCGAAGCGUGCCAUAUUACCCUCUGUGAGUGCCCCUGAGAAUAACAUCCUGGCUCUGCUUGAUGAGUGUGACGUGCCUGAGAGCCUGAAUCCUGCCGAAUGAGCUUCAGUAAGUUAGGUGUUUCUAGUACCUUACUGCUCUCAAGCCUACUUCGCCUCCUGUUGUGCUUGUGCAUCACUGCUGUCUUACAUGUAUUUGUCAAAUGCCACGAGAUGAAUACAUCAAUAUUUAGGUCUGAAUUUGGAAAUGUAACAAGAAAUACUUAUGUGAAAUGUUUCUACAAAUACGGGUAAAAGCAUUUUGCACUCCAUCCGUCGCAUUCGUUGAAUACAAUAAAUUUAUUACAGACUCGCUUAUACGCUGGAUUUGGUUUUGUGUAA